AUGGUGACCAGCGUCAAAGCUGUAGGUGACACCUCCGAUCUUGGGGGCACCAUAAACGAGUGGAAGUUGUCCAGGGCGCUGAAGGAUUUGCCUCAGCAAGGUGGUACAGUUCUCCUCCAUAUCCGAGCCCAGAAUGCUGGUAUCAUGAUCAGUAAGGUACAUGGAUCCAUUCACAUUGAGGCUUUUGAACUGUCUCCUCUCAACCAUCCGGUUCUCACCACGAAGGGUCGACUUCAACGUUCUUUCCCAGGCCCCGCCUUGGCUUUGACCGUUGAUGCGUUUGAGCAGCCUGAUUUUCAGGCAACAGUGGCGCACACGCUGGCUAAGAUGAGCCAUCAGUCUGCUCCGGACACGCAACCCAAAGUCGGGAAGGCCGGUCGCAUGCACGACGAAAACCGUGACACGACCCAUCCCAAAAUUGUUACCGAGCUGUUCAUGGGCUUCCUGGCGCCUGUGGGGAAACCUGUGGAGGUCCCUUGUGUGUGGAAGAACACCCGUGAAGAAGUCAUGUGGCACGAUGCCCUGUUGCCCUGGCGAAGAUCUCCCCUAUGGCUACUUCUCCGCGUCGCCAUGCAACUCACUUUUGCCAGAUGGGCAGGUCCGGGGAAUCCAUCGGCCGAUUAUUACAAAACAUUCAUUUUGUUCCUGAUGGGACGGGUGCUGCAGAUGUCGAUCCCACACGGAAUCCAUUGCGAUGUGUUGUACGCGAUGAACGCCAAACUUGGGCGCCGCCUCCUGAAACUCGAUGCGUCUGUUCCUAGAAGUGGGCUUGCGGUCGUUCGAGCCACCAUGCGCAAAACCACUGGACACAUUGGGGAGAGGUGGGCGAGAGUGAUGCAGGAUGCCUCUCCUCGCCAUGAUCUGACUUUACUCGAAACCCUGGAUUUCGAGCGAGAUGUCUGGACUACUCUCGAUGGUCUCGCGGACUUUGUCUCCUCACUGUCUGUAAGGGAAAACCACACGGCCGUGGCCACCUUCCAGCCCACGUCAAUCCUGGUCAAUCACCCGGCCAGCGCUCUACCUAGCCCUCCGGGUAACUCCACAGAGUAUACGGUGUACAAUCUCAAAGCUUUCGAGGCCUGGGUCGCAUGUCAUUUGCCCCAGUGGCUCAAGCACCACAUAGGAGAUGUGACCACUUGCGGAAGGUUGCAUGUUUUGAUCAAGUCAUACUAUCAAACAGCAUCAUCACGGUACGUUGGUAACCCCGAGAGCUUCUCUGUCCUACUCUUGACCACCAUUGAGCUCUGGAUCGCCUGCGACCAGUCUGCGUUGCAUCUAUGCAGCCUUCUCAAGGACUACAACCCAGGUGUUCCUCCAGACGUCGUUCAAGGUUUGAUAUUGCCUUCCAAGUCCCAGAUGCAACGACUGCUCUACGCAGAAGAUUAUCUCGAACGCCGUCGAGGAACUGCAGGUCACCCGUCUCCGUCGAUCUAUCGGGCCUAUGGUCAGGAAACUUGUUUUGCCGUGAGAUACUUUGAUCAGUCCUUGGAACAUCAGCAACUCCGUCGAGUCAUUGAGACCACUGCCAUCCAGAUGAGACAGACGAAAAUUGAUGAACUCCGCUGUAAAAAGGAGGAGUAUGCAUCCCUAAUGCGACGUUACGAUGCAAACACCUGCGACUAUUACGAAGUCGUGGUUGAUUACAAUGACGUUCCGGAGCAACGCCAUAGUGCCGUGUGUAGAAGAUGCCUCUACAAGCGACAAGCGAACAAUAUCAACAUCGAGAUUCACGAGUGGCCUCUGCCGAGGAAUGAAUUGGACACCAAAUCCACGGUCUUUGAACUCCAUGUCCCUCCCUAUUUCGCCCAAUGGCGUGACACAACUCUAUUCCUUCUUACGGGGGUCUUGAAGGCAAGACCUCCAUGCGCAGAUCAGCCGCGGGCGCGAUAUACUCUGAGUACCUACAGUGGCCUUUCAUCCUUCUUUGUCCCUCCCAGUAGCACCCAACGCCUCGUUCUCUUAUCUCAGGCCAAACCACACGGGGUGACGCAUCGUCACAGCAAAACCAUCCCCACCAUCACCGAACAAGACAUUUGCCUCGAUAAUGGUUUGCGAUAUCGGUACUAUGACAAAGAAACCAGUAUAUUCGUCGAAAAAUACGAUGUAAAGGAUGAGAUCUUAGACUCAUUGACGUACCAACUACCAGCAUCCUCUUCGUCGAUGCAGCAGUUCCUCUUCCGCCCAAGCGGCGCCCCAAGUGGUCCGUCACCGAACGAGGUGAUAGCAAGCCAGUCCGACUGUCCGGAGCACAUAUCCUUAGACGAAUACAAGGCACUUUGUACCAUUUCACUGGGCUAUCGCAUUCAGUGGCAAAAUAUCUUGCUACAGCUGUCGGCGCCGUCGGUUGAUUUCAGAAAGGUGGAGACAGGUCUCAUGGUCCUUCAAUCGAUCCAUCAAGUCGGGCCUCGCGAAGACGGAGGUGUAUUUAGAAGUGGUCACGCGGUCGUGGCCGAUCAGACUUUUGCCACGGCUCUAUUGCGGAGCCUCGAUGAGAGCUUCCAACGAUUCCGGGGAAACUGGGAGUCAUUCCAAGCAGUUAGCACAUUCAUCUCCGUGGCUGCACGACUGCUGUUUCUGAUCACGACAGAGGACAUCCAGUUCCGGUGCUUGGCCUAUCUGCGUGAGAUCCAAGCAGGAACAUUCAACUGGGUCGAUCGUCUCACAGACAAGGCGUACCGAGCCAGCAACGACUUGCACCGAGCGGAACUACUUGCCCAUGCCCGUAAGCUCGCUCUGGUCUGUGCCGGCACUUUCAAUGUGGACGACAGCUUUCUGGAUGAUGUAUUGGCCUCUCCGGAAGAUGGAUCGGUCUUUAUCCAAUGCUGCAUUCUCAUUCAUAACAUGACUCCUCCUGCCAUGGAAGCUUCUGACCCCUUGACCCCAAUUCUGUAUCAUCGGUGGAAAUCGCUCUGCUAUCGAAGCUAUCCCGUUUUGGCCAACCAAAUUGUUAACGUCCAACGUCGAUGCCUAGAUGAUGCCAUGGGGAAGACAUGGUCUGCAUAUGUCGCAGGGGGUUGCUGGCGAACUGUAUCUGACGAGUUCGAUUACUGGCUGGUCAAUGCACUCCCCCUCGAAUGCGGGCAAAAGCCGAUGGUGGUCCAUUACAAUCUUUUGACCGGCGAGCUUUUAGUCGACGGACUUCCUCUGGCUCGUCUCCCUCCCAACUACCGCAAGCAUGUGACCUAUCGCACUCUGUUUGGCCAGUCCGAUCUUGAAGUCAUGCCGACCACUGUCACUGGCCUACAAUUCUCUGGCAAGAGAGAUCAUGCCGGAUAUACCAUUCACCUCGGUAUCAGGGCCAUAACCGAUGAACUCAACCUCGCCAGCUCUGACCUCUUGGUUCAAGCAGUGAAAGAUGGCGAAACAUACGAGCUUGUCCCGUCUCGCGUUUUGCAAGGGGAGCUCCCCCUGUACUUCACCGAAAGUUUUGUUCAUUGGUACAAUACGAGGGACGACACUGUGGAAUUUCGUCCGGUCGACGACCCGUGGACCGCAUCUCCAGACCACUGGAAGUUGGUCAGAGAUCGGGGCCAUGAUAAAUGGCGCAUGGUGAAGGGCGGAUCGUCUUUGAUCAGCGUCAAGAGUGAGACCUGGAAAGCAAUUGGCGAGAUACUCGCUCCUCUUGAAGAACUCCUCCAUUUGCACGGCGUCCUACAACACUCAUCGUCGACACUAGAGGUCGGGCUUCCCAGACUCAUGCUGUCGUUCUUCCUCAAGUCACGAACGUCGCAGCUGCGAUCCAAACAGUUUCGCGGGCUUACUAUUGAUCCAGAUCAGUCGCUGGGCACACUGGUUGGCCUUCAAAGCAAACUCAUGCUUCAAGACCAUGCGACUGGACGUCAAUUACUGAUAGUGCCCGGGGGCCAUGCAUCAUUCCAAAAGCGUUGCGACCAUGUGCACGUCACCAUCAAAUACGAUGGCACCAAUACCACAAUAAAAGCCCAUGCCUAUCCGAUAGACGCGCAACUUGGAAGGUUGCUAGAUAAUGGAACUCUGCAAAGCAAAUUAUGGCUAUGCUACCUUCACGCUCUCACGUCCUUCUGCCUGCCCGAUCCCUUCAUGCAGAGAACGGGAACCGAGCAGGCGCUCACCAUCCUCAACUCUGUUGCGGUCAGAUCCUUCGAUCGGCUUUCCCAAGAGACUAUCGAACUUCUCCACCACAUUGCCCGACUGACCGCAGGCAGACGCUAUUAUCCGGCCAAUGAACGAGUGAUGCAGGAAGUGGAAUGGACACCUGAGCUGGGGUUUCUAGCUCAGCAUGGUGGUUUCUUCAACAGUGUCCAGUUUAUUUUUGGCCAGGCUGAGAGAGACGGUGUAUUUUACCCAGGGCAGUAUGAGAAGCCGCCACGUCUGGCCCAUGUUGAACCAGACCUGUUGCACCGUGAUAGCAUGCGCUCGUCCAUCUUUCGCGUCGCUGGCUUUGGGGCAGAAGACCACACCAUCGAGUGGGAUGCGGUGUAUUCGGGCAGGGAUCGGGAUCAAGAGUCGACACAGGGGUUCAAGGCCUUCGUCACGUCAGACUUUGUGUUCCAUGAACGCCCAACGAUCCACUAUCCAGUUCCACCAGGUUGCCGCGCUCGACUCUGGCAUUUCUUUGCACUAAAGCACCCGGUACUUGGUCCCGAAGCCCCAAUACCGCCCUCCGAGUUGAAGUACGACGCUGUAUUGCUCCAAGGCUGGGAUAACUUUGUCGCCAAACACUGGUGUGCCCUUCAUCGAAUAUUGACGGGCGCACAACCCCGUUUCGACAAAUUUCGCCUGAUGAUCUGGCUCUCUACCCUGGCCUUUGCCAAAGACAGCAACACCGAAGUCGUUCAAACUCUCGCGUCAUUAUUUGUGUUACCCAGUAUGGCACAGAUUUCUCCACCCGCUAUCGCUUCCUUCCAGCUAUCAGAAGGGGUGGCAUUUUGCAAGGGCAGUUUAAAGCCUGCUCUCAACCCGGCGCAUCUCCCAUUUACCCAAUGUCCCGAGUGGAAAGUCGUUCGUGAUUCCAAUGCAUCUGAGUCAUCGGAGCUAGGUCGGCACCAACAUCGCCAAUUCCAGAUAAGCCAGAACCGUUCACUCAAUCAAUUCAUACAAGCAUUGGAAACGCAGUGGCCUUGCGAAGUCCCCAACUCACCCAAUGUGGCCGAGUCUCACAUCUACAUCGAUACAGGGAAGGCCAUGGAGCUCGCCCGGCCGAAAUUCAUCACUUGGUACAACAACCGCCGUUUCAACCAAUACCUCCAUGAAGUCGGAGAUGCGCUCCAGGGCGUGAUGGUUGCCUCGGUAGAGGCGCCAUCGUCGCAUUCCACGUAUCCAGGAAGGGCUCGCGCCAGAGCACGACCCUUCGUCUCGAUUGAUGAUCUCUUCACCGGUUUCUCCCCCUCAAUUGCUUCCUACAAGUCUGAUUUCAUGACAGAUGACCUGCUGACGUGCACCAACACCAGCAAUACAACUCCUCGACUUGCUUCGCUGGUCAACGAUCUCGAGUCCCGAGUCAGCUCUAGUUUCGAAAAUGGCUACGUGGAGGAUCUGCGGCGGAGCCUUCUCUCCUUGCGAGGUCGGGAUAAGCAGUAUGAAGUGUCGUUGCACGGGAAACACCUCAAGGAUAUACUCGGUAAUAAUCUGGACAGAUGCAAGGACCGCGUCCAGCAAAUUUAUGCCACCAUAUGGUCAGCUAUAACCCACGUUGACAAUGAUACAGGAGAGCAAACAUUUGAGCAACUACGUCGGAAAGAGAAAAUGGCGGUAGCAGAUAGCACUGGGCAGCGGCCCAGAGUGUGCCCAAUCUUCCUCCUCCAGCAACUCAGUCGCCAUCGAUGGCCCAAGGUCCCAGAAAAUUGGAGGCGCUGUUUGGUCCGCCGGGUGGAUCUGAUCAAGGAGUUGCGCAACCCUGGGCACACGAAUUGGGAUCCUGCUGAAUACCCCGAAUCCCUCCUGCUGGAAGUUGAGAGUGGCUUCAUGAUUCGAGAUGUCCAGGAAGAUGUCGCUCGUCAGAUGAGGAACGCCGCCGAGAAUGCUACCAUGCAGUUGAACAUGGGCGAAGGAAAGUCGUCGGUGAUCGUCCCCAUCGUGGCCGCUGCUCUCGCGGACGGCUCUCGGUUGCUCCGGCUUCUCACGACCAAGCCUCAGGCUAAACAGAUGGCUCAGAUGCUCGUCUCCAAACUGGGAGGCCUGUUGGACCGGCGAGUCUAUCACAUGCCAUUCUCCCGGUCCCUACGCCUUCAAGUAGCCGAUGCCGUCAUGAUCGGCCAGAUGUGUCGCGAGUGCAUGGUGAAUGGACACGUGCUCCUGGUCCAGCCCGAACAUGUUCUGUCACUGAGGCUGAUGGGUUUGGAAUGCCUCGUCACCGGCAAGGACGCCAUCGGGCGUUCUCUACUUCUCACUCAAGAAUUCUUCAACACUUCGAGCCAGGAUAUUGUGGACGAGAGUGACGAGAGCUUUAGCGUCAAGUUCGAACUGGUCUACACCAUGGGCAUGCAGCGACCUAUUGAGUUCAGCCCGCGACGGUGGACGUGUAUCCAAGACGUAUUGGACAGAGUGAAGGAGUACGCGCCGGAGGUGGCGAGCGAAUUUCCUUCUGCCAUGGAGGUUUAUGAAGGCUCACCCGGAAGCUUCCCUCGAACACGGAUUCUCGACAACAGUGGACAGCGGCGGCUUUUCACCCAUGUUGCGACAUGGAUCUGCGAGAAUGGCCUCUACGGCUUUCCGAUUGCCAGUCAGCCGGAGCCCGUCAGACAGGCGGUUCUUCGGUACCUCACUGACUCUACAUUGUCUGCGGACCGAAUUGCCCAGCUCGAAAGCCAGUUGCAGGGCGGGUUUUGGAUCAAUUCCACAAGUCAAAUACUCUUCCUUCUCCGUGGACUCCUGGCGGGGGGGAUCCUGCCUUUCGUGUUUCGACAAAAGCGGUAUCGUGUGCAGUAUGGCCUUGACGGGAGCAGGCGACCUCGCACGAAACUCGCAGUACCUUACCGUGCCAAAGACAGCCCAACCUUGCGAUCAGAAUUCAGCCAUCCUGACGUCGUCAUCGCUCUCACGUGUCUCAGUCACUACUACGGCGGCCUCGAAGACGACGACCUGUUCCUUACCUUCGACCACCUGUUCAGAUCCGAUCAAGCCGAUGCGGAAUACCAGGAGUGGGUGAAAGAUGCUCCCUAUUUGGCCGAGAGUUUUCGUCACUUGAGUGGCAUCAAUCUCAAGGACCGCAGCCAAUGUACUAAGCAAGUCUUCCCGCCGCUCCGCCAUUCCAAGAAGACCAUCGAUUAUUUCUUGACACACCUCGUCUUCCCGAAAGAAAUGCGAGAGUUCCCCCACAAGUUGUCCGCCUCCGGAUGGGACAUUGGCCAGAUCAAAACGUAUCCGACGAGUGGCUUCAGUGGUACUAAUGACUCUAGGAUAACCUUGCCUCUCAGUGUCACGCCCCUCGAUCUCCAAGAACAACAGCACACCAAUGCAUUAGUUUUGGAGCACCUGCUCCGACCCGAAAACUCCAUCUUGCACAUUCCAGCCCAAGCAGAGGUCUGGUCAGCCACGGAACGUCUCUUGGACAUGGUCACUGAAAUGGACCCUCCGCCGCAAGUGAUCCUGGAUGUUGGGGCCCAGAUCCUAGACCUCAGCAACUUGGAGGUUGCAAGGGGGUGGCUGAAGAGGAAGCAGGGCCAUAAGCAGAGCCAGGCUGUGGUUUUCUUCGACGAGGACGAUGACCUCUCCGUCCUCGACUGCAACGGACGAAUCGAACGCCUUCAGACCUCGCCCUUCGCCGACCAGCUUGACGUAUGUCUGGUCUAUUUGGAUGAGUCCCACACUAGGGGAACCGAUCUGAGACUGCCAGAGUAUUACAAGGCGGCCGUAACUCUAGGGGCUAAUUUGACCAAGGACAGAUUGAUUCAAGCAUGUAUGAGGAUGAGAAAAUUAGGCCACGGACAGUCAGUCGUCUUCUGUGUUUCAGACGAAAUCAAAACACAACUUCUGUCGAGUAAGAAGGCCUCGGGCGAUACGGGCAUCAGCGUGUCAGACGUUCUCUGCUGGGCCAUCACGGAAACUUGGUCCGACAUUGGACGAAGCAUGCCUCUAUGGACUGUGCAGGGACGACGCUUUGAGCACCAACAAGAACUUUGGGCCGAGGCUCGUAUCGAGGGGGGUUUGAGCUUGACCCAAUCCCACGCCGAAAAAUUCCUCGAGGAUGAAUCCCAAAUCUUGAAAGACAGAUAUCAACCCCGUACUGUCAUCCGUGCCACAUCCUCGACGCCGACCGAGCCCAAUGUGAACUUACGACGCAUUACAAAUCGGUCAUUGCAAUUCAACUGUCAGGAGCACGAUGUCGCCUCAUUCCAAGAGGAACAAGAGCGUGAGUUGUCACCCGAGGUAGUGCAGGAACGCGAGGUGCAGAGACCGCCGCGAACCCAGCCCGUGCAACCUUACAUUCACCCAGAUUUAACGGCGUUCGUGAAGGAUGGAAUAAUCUCGGCCGGUUCAAAAGCCUUCAAACCUGCUUUUGAGACGUUGCGUCAGACUAGCGCAGCUACACAUACGGAUGUGUCGCAGUUUCCAGGGGACGUCCUCGUGACAGGCGACUAUGCCAGCACAGUUCAAGAUACUGGCCGAUGCUCUCUCCUCGAUGCUUAUCAGCGACAAGUGCAGUGGAUUCUGACAAGCAUGGGAACUGGCAGUGACAAUGUCGUCAAGCAUCUCGUCAUCAUCAGCCCAUAUGAAGCACAGAUGCUCCAGACAGACAUAAGAAACUCCAAGAAAGUGAUGCUGCAUCUCUAUACCCCACGACCCAAUCUCGGUAUUCGCCCACUGGAUGGGUUGGACUUGUACGUCGUUUCGGCGGUGCGGGAAUUGCCGAUCCUCCCGCCUCACCAUGUCACUCAGCUGAAUUUGUUUGCCGGGCAGCUCUAUUUCAAGUCUUUUACGGAAUAUGUCGAGGUUUGCACCACACUGGGGCUGGCGUGGCAGAAGGCAGACGACGGAUGCACUAUCGCCGCCGAUGUGUUCAUGAUACGAGACCGGAGUGGCCAGACACGGCGCGCAUCCAGCUUCCGUGAGAGUCCGGUGCCAUUCCUUCGAGUGCUGAUGACCCAAAUUCGGCGAAACUGCAAGGAGAUAGACAAGACUCACAUGGGGGCGGUGUUGGGUGGUCGACUGCUUGGUCCAUCUGAUUUUGAGGACGAAAGUAGUAAGGAUGAAGGUAGUGAGGAUGAAAGUAGGAAACCAGCGCCUGAGUCUGAAUCUGAGUCUGAGUCUGGGUUGAAGUAUGAAUCUGAGUCUGAAUCUGAAUCUAAGCCUGAAUCGGACUUUCUAAGUGUGAAUCGGAGUCUAAGUCUGAGCCUGAGUCGAAGUCUACAUGGCAGCGAAGAGAUAGAUGAACUUCCACAGAUGUCGAACUUCUCCUCCAAGAGGCGCUGA